AAGGGCAUUUCAUCACGAAAUCCUUUCCCCUCCCCUCACCGUCAUCUUUAACCACAGUCGGGCGGCACCACGCCUCAACCGGCAUCGUAUCUUCGUCAUUCCCCCGACGCAGCAAGAGACGUGCGGCAAACUUCGUCGCCAAUUCUUUCAUUGCACAUUGUGCACGCACGUGCACUUGCGAGCUUUCCAUUCAUCGUUGCCGAUCGGCUCCUCGCCUGUCUCAGUAGAGAGCUUGGGUCUCCGCACGGCAAGCCACUGUCGCGUGGCGACGGCAAGAGGUGGUGCGGAGAGGGCGUACACAACACCUCUCCGGACGCACGCGCUCCACUCUGUGUGCUGAGCGCUUCCACUCUUGCUUCGGGAAGCCGGACGGCUUGUCCCCGAUUCUAGUGUCCUUCCGCCGGACCAAGCGUGCCUCGGGAGUGCUCAAAAACUCUGCCUCGCCUAUCACUAGGCUUGCACAACAUUCGCAACCAUGUCCUCGUCGCACGUGGAGGCUAUCAAGCCUGCAUCGUACGCACAAGCCGCGCGUGGAGCCUCGCAUUCGACCUCCGCCCAGCCCAGCAAGGCUUCGUCGGGUGCCGUGACGCCGGCCAGAGACCAGACCGGUGCCCCGACGCUCAAGCCUGAGCUUCACGGCGCUCGAUGGGCCGAUGCCGACGACGACGAUACCCGAACCUCGCACAGCACAGCGUCGACGGCGGUGGAGAAUCAGCCGGCAUCAAACAACAAGUCUCACGCUGCAACACCCGCCGCUCAGACGAACGGAGUUGCUAGCCCUGCUUCGGUCGAUUUUGGUGGCUCGUCGACGUCGACCUUGGCGAGAGAUGACGGUGCAUCGCCCGUGUCAGAACUCCCGGAAUCCGCCUGGGACGCAAAGCUCAAGACGGCCGUCGACGCCAGGUCCGACGCUGGCAGGCAUCGAAGCUCGACGGAUCGGUCGUCCUCAAAGAGUCGGAAAAAGACCGCCAAACGCGGGGACAAGAAAGAGAAGGUCGACGUAGUCGAUGAAAAGGCGUCGAAGCCCGCGUGGUCGGCUCCGAUCAAACUGGUUGACGCACCAGCACCGACAGUGAACCCUUGGCUGGCGCGAGCACAGCAGGCUAAACCCGCCGUCGCCCCCAUACCGAAGCCUGUAGCCCUGACAAAUCCCACUCCGUCUGCUACAAGUGCGGCCAAAUCGAGCGGCGUCGAUGCUACAAAGUCUGCCUCUCCGGCGGCUUUGACCUCCCUCGCGCAGACGUCUGCUCAGUCGAAGGACAGCACGGCAGUGGGAAAACCUCCCGCGUUGACUGAAGAUGCGGAGUCAAAGACAAAGAGCACGCAGCAGACUGAACGACACGUCGAGAGGAGCGAGCAGGCUUCGAAAGUUGCCCACACUGUCGUCGACGACAAGGCGUGGCCAACGCCGGACACAUCGAAGCAGGAAGAACCAAAGGGCAAGCAUUCGCAAGAGAGGUCCGAGACAGACACCCACACGACCCAUGAGUCCAGAGGGAAGCAAGCCUGGAACAAGCUGGAAUUCACGCCGACGGUGGUGUUCCAAACCGCACUGCCAGGCUCCGCACGUCGGGGCGGGAAAGGCGGAGGUCGCGGUGGCCAUGACGGAAGGACGCGGACGCCCGCUUCCAGCCAGAACGACCGAGGCAACGAGGCCAAGUCCGGGACGCAGGCUGGAGAGCCAACACGCCGUGAACGUUCAGAAGCUACCCGCAGCUCCUCGCCAGGCCGGGCCAAGCGCGCAUCUAAUGAUGACGCCCCGGGGAGGCGGCAGUCUCGCCAGGAAAGCGUGACGCGUGACCAUCCUGCCAAGCAGCAGUCGGACGAGCCGAAGUUCAAGCCAAGGGACCACGUGGAGUCGGCAUCGAACGUGCAGCGGACGAAGCCUGUGCGCAAGGAGGCCGUCGUCAACGGAGACAAGAAGAGUGCUGAGGACAACGUUUCCAAGGACAAUGCUACCACGUCCAACGGCAACACGGCGGCCACCGCAGCCUCCGUCAAUGCCGCAAAGGACAACAAGGCCACGGCCACUGACGCGACCCCAGCUCAGGCCACGACGUCAUCCACCCAAGCUGAGAACCAAAAGAAGGACGUCAGCCCCGCCACCAGCGAGAGAAAGAACAGCGUGGUGGCCGACUUCGCUUCCCGUCACCAUGAGAGAAAAGGUAGUGGGACUUACUCGACUUUUUCGGGCCGUGGUCGUGGUGAACGCGGACGCGGAGGUGGCCAUCGUGGCGGUCGUGGUAACGGUCAUACCUUCCACCCUAAUGCGCACUCCUUUGUGAACGGCCAAGGCGCCUUCAACAUGCAAGGCUACAAUGCCAUCCCGAAGUCCCCUACCGGAUUUGGCCACGAUCCCUUCUUCGGUCAAGCACCGCAAAACGUGCAGAGAUAUGGUAGAAACUACACGGGUCGAGCGUCGUCCAUUCCGGACGCCUCUUACGGACGGGCGCUCAACGGCUUCCCUGUUCAGUCGCUUCAGCUCAACACUGGCGUGCAAGCCAAUGGCAUGUUUCCCUCUGACUUCUACAUGCCCGCAACCGCUGUGCCAUACCAGAGCGACCCCACCUCAGACCUGCUUGCUGCCGUCACGCGGCAGAUGGAAUACUACUUCUCCAUUGACAAUCUUUUGAAGGACACCUAUCUCAGAAAGCACAUGGACUCCCAGGGCUUUGUGCUCCUCACGUUCAUCGCGGACUUCAAGCGAUUGAAGAUGAUGACGCAGGAUCUGGAGCUCAUCAAGUACGUCUGCCAACAAUCACCCAACAUUGAGCAUCGUGUCGGCUCCGAUGGGACCGACAGGCUACGUGCCGCCAAAGGUUGGGAGCGAUGGGUGUUGGAAAAGGAAGAGCGAGAUCCUUCAGCACAGCACGACGGACCGGAGUCUCACCAUCCUCCACCACGUCCAAACGUCCAGCUGCCAGAACACGUGCACUUUGCUCGCCAUUCACCACUGCCAAUUCCGCAAUCUGCGGGACCCGUACUCGGCGCCCAGCCGUUUCAAUCUCUCAACAGCUUUGCCGCACCGUACAACGCUUACGGUCCAAGUACAAGCUCGGAUGCACAGCCCUCCAUCAGCCAGUUCCAGGCUUCAGCCACUGCCAUGGCACCCGGCGCCGUAAGCGUGCCGCAGGCGUCCGCUGGGCCGUUUGGCAGCCCCUCAGCUCAGCCGCCGCUUUUUAGCAAUGCUGUCGAAGAGACGGAGCCGGAUUCGUUCACGGAUAGCGAGGUUGAGGUGCUGCGAGUGGUUCUUCGCGAUUUGCCGGGCGAGACGGCUGGCACCACAAGCAGCACAUCUCAGCGAGCGCAGUCAAACGGGCUCGUGGAAGGCGUCAAUGGCCAACGACAUCCGUCUGGUCCAAACUCCUCAGCGACUCCAGAUGAAUCUGAUAGGGCAACUUCGCCCACCACCUCGGAACGUUUUAACCGCUUUCUCACCAGCAGUGGCGGUAACAGUGUGGGUGGCAGGCUCGCGGGUUCCCGCAGCGGUUCACGGAACGGGGAGGCACAACCGGAGGGUUCGACGGGCGUCUAUUACAUCAAAGACAAAGACUCGCCCUCUUACAAUCUGCCCGCCGACGUGACCUCUGAGCUGUAUCUUGCGGCUCGCGAUCGCGCCAUCCAGCAGCGCAACUUUCAUCCUUGUCCGCAAGACAUGAUGAACAUGUAUCAGUUCUGGGAGCACUUCUUAGUUCGCCACUUCAACGCACGCAUGUACAUGGAGUUCCGCAGCUUUGCCAUGGAGGACGCCUCCACGCGUAACGAGUUUGCAGGUCUGAACAGUCUCUUGAGGUACUAUGGAAAGGCGCUGGCAUACGCUGAUGUCCCUAUUCGUCGCAGUGUGGCUCAGGACUACGUAAGUCUGGUGCGGAGUGAGCAACCUGGAAGCGACCGUCCAGCUUUUAAGCAAUUGCGUGCCGCGUGGCGCGACGGCGCACUCAACAUGAAAAACAGGAAGAGGAUAAAGGAUUUCCUGGACGAGGCGCUGGAGAAGGAACUGGACCGGUAAUAACCUCGCUCUCUGGGGUUAUUUGGUCUGGUUCACGACCCUCGCCUGCCGUGUCACUUUAUCGGGCUUACCAGACGGAGAAGAUUGCUACAGGCGCUUCUCGCGUGAAUCAGAUUGUUGGCUGACAACGACGACUUCGUCAUGUUCAUCUUCGUUGGCAAUUUAUUCAAACCCUCUCGGCCGCAUCUCCAGCGUCUACAAUUGGUUUGACAGGCCAGCUUGGGCACUUGCGAAAGGCAAAUUUUUACUCCUGCCGUCCUGCCAGCCCGUAGAUGUCUCGUAUUCCUCGGCGCUAUACACCUAGAUUUAUCCCUCACACAAUGUUUGUGCAACCAAACUCGUUUACGGCCGCCAGUACAUCCAGCUCUCCCCAUUGCCUCUGCUCUCAUGCUAGGAUACAGGAGGUCCGUGGUCCAACAUCCGGUCCAAAAAAAAAAGUUAUUUGACUGCCACGUGUUUCUGCGUUUGCGUAAUCAGUUGCGAUUCCCACACAGUCUGAAACUCGUCGUGUGGCUGGGCACUAUUUCGAUUCUUGCAUAGCGGUUGGGGAAGGGGGCCACCGUUCUCACACCAUAUUCGACAUUUACAUUUUGUCUGUCAUUUCGAACGUGGUUCGUUCGGCUGAAUUCACGUUCGGGUCUGCUCUCCUAUUUUUCAUGCACGCGCAUAUUUGCAUUUGUAAAAACAAAAACACAUUAUUCACCACCCAGUCCGUUCUGAUCAAUAGCUAGUAUUACUACAGCAACUACUACAGAGGGGAUGAAAACCAAGCUGGAGGGUGAUGGGACUUUGCUUUUUUGAUUGCUUAUGAGGAACAUCUUACUCUUGCGCCGUAUACACAUGGAGGGGGCAUGACGGGAACAUUAAUCAUCGGCAUGUGACGCGGCUCUUUUUCCGCCGCCAAAAUUAUUUUCUUGUUUUCGAGUGGUUCAGGAAACGUUUUUAUUUUUUUAAAACCCAAAAAAAAUCUUUGCGCUCAUAUUUCAAACAUAGAAAGACUGACGGCUGCUGCGAGUUUUUUGUUCCGCGCUCGUGUAGACUGCGCACCCAUCGUCAUCAA